AUGGAUAACUUCAGAUUGCGUUUCUUCUUUAGUUUACUCAUACUAACGCACCUUGUUAGUGUCACCAUUGCCGAAACUGAUUUCUGGUAUCAAUAUUGCUAUGGAACAUACACAUCAAGCAGCUCAUUUAAAAGAAACGUAGACGAUGUACUAUACUCCAUAACCAAAACAAAUAAUGGAUAUGGUUUUUUCAAUCAAACAGCCGGAGAAGGGAUCGAUAAGGUCAAUGCAGUAGCUCUUUGUAGAGCAGAUAUUAAUCAGAGUGAUUGUGAACGUUGCGUAGAUAAUGCAUCUCGUAAACUACAAGAGAAUUGUGUAUACCAAAAGGAAGCAAUGGGCUGCUAUGAUUAUUGUCAAUUAGUCUAUUCGAAUUCCUCAUUGCUUUACACUACUGUUAUGGAUAAAGACGACACCAAGUGUUUUAAUAACCCAAGCUUCACUUCAAACUGGACGAUAUUAAAACCAUCAAUGGUGAAUCUUUUUGAUCAGUUACGAACAGAAGCUUCAAAGGGUGGUAGCAUUAGAAAAUACGCAGCCAGAAGCAUGAGUGUAAUUCCAGAUUCUUCAACAAUUAGCGGACUUGUGCAAUGCACUCCUGAUCUAUCAGAGUCGCAAUGCAACCAGUACUUAGUGGACGCCAUAAAUUUACUUCUGGACUGCUCAUUUGGAAGAACGGGAAGUAGAGUUUACAAGAGGGGUUGCAACGCAAGGUAUGAGUUAUACCGUUUCUUUAAUGAGACAUGGUUUCCCACUCAUCCACCAUCUCUGCAAUCACCACAAUCAGGUUUGAUUACAGAGACGAAGGGAACAUACAUUAAGGGAGAGUUCAUAGGAAUCGUAUUCGCAGCUGGAGCAUUGAUUGCAAUAUCUGGUUUCUUUAUAUGGCAUAGGCACCAUUUAAAAGUCAAACAUAAAGGUGUUUGUGGGUCAAAAUCGGAAAAGAUCUAUUGCUUUACUCUAAAUGUUGUCUGUUUAUCAUUAAAUUUGGUUGUAUUAAUUGUUCGUAUUGAAGCAGACCAUAAAGACCAUGAAAGCGAUGUUCCAUCAAGCAUCUAUGUGGAUAAAAGCAAGUUUGAUGGAGACAACGAUGAUCCGUUUGAAAUGCAUCAUUUUCAUCUAAGUACUAUACAAGAUGCCACGAAUGGUUUCUCACUUGAAAAUAAGCUAGGAGAAGGUGGUUUUGGCGCUGUCUACCUGGGGAAGUUGGUCGAUGGAAGGGAAAUAGCUGUGAAACGGCUUUCCAAGAAUUCAAGCCAAGGACUUGAAGAGUUCAAGACAGAAGUAAGAUUGAUCAUAAAACUACAACACAAGAAUCUGGUGAAGCUUUUAGGUUGCUGUAUAAAAGGUGACGAAAGGCUUCUAGUCUAUGAAUACAUGGUUAACACAAGCCUAGACUCAUUCCUAUUCGAUCCAACUAAGGCUAAGGAAUUAAAUUGGAUUAAGCGUGAGAAGAUAAUAUGUGGUGUAGCAAAAGGACUUAGGUAUCUUCAUGAGGACUCACGUUUAAAGAUCAUCCACAGAGACUUGAAAACGAGCAAUAUUCUUCUAGAUGACGCCAUGGAUCCAAAGAUAUCAGAUUUUGGCACUGCUAGAAUUUUUGGGACAAAUCAAAUUGAAGCAAAGACUAACAUAGUUGUUGGAACAUAUGGAUACAUGGCACCCGAAUAUGCAAUGGAAGGAUUAUUCUCAACAAAGUCCGAUGUUUAUAGCUUUGGUGUGUUGCUCCUAGAAAUCAUUCAUGGAAGCAGAAACAACGGAUUCUACUUCCAAGAGCAUGAUGAAACUCUUCUCUCAUAUGCAUGGAGGACGUGGAAGGAGGGUAGAGGAGAGGAUCUGAUAGACAAAAUCUUGAUAAAAAAUUGUUCGUUAAACAAGACUUUGAGAUGGAUACAUAUCGCGUUGCUAUGUGUUCAAGAAGAUCCUAAAGAUCGGCCUAACAUGUCGUCAGUUGUUUUCAUGCUUGAGGGUCAAUGGUCAACCCUCCCGGAACCAUCAGAACCUCCGCUUUCUUUUACUAAAAUUGUUACUUUUGAUCAAGUUACAGUGACAGAUACUAGAACUUUAAGAACUUCCCCGUCUUCACAACCUCUAGAAGCAGAGUUUUAG